CAGCGCCUCCCGGAACCUGGCCGGUUAGUGACGGCUUCGAGACCAUAGCGAGGCAUGAGCCGAAGUAGCCAUGCUAGGUGAGGGCAGCCUGGCAGCGGCAUUAAACGGGGAGUGGACAGCUUCACUUUGGUAGCGGAGAAUAGAGAUUGGCAGCCAUCUUGCUUUGGGGCAACCUGGCAACGCAAGUUUUUCUUCGAGGCAGCUUCGGGGGCCGUAGUAACGCGUGAGAGAGGGUUGCAUUCUUGAGUGUGGGAACGUUGGUGGGGCCAGAGCUGGCUGGUGUCGACUUCAAGACCAACUGAAAGACUGCGACUGGCAGCCAUGACGCAAAAGGGCGGAAUAUUACGGGGGUCGGAUUGCCCUGCGAACUUGGGGGAAGGUUCCCAUGAUCUGGAUUUGACCUUUGCUCUGAGCUUCCUGGUAACCCGGACGUUCCGUAAACUUGAGUCCGGAACCGAAAGCGCUGCUCAAAUGCCUUCUCGGAUUUCACUUUUUGAGCCUUUGCCUUCUGAGCACUCAGAAGGAAGUGCUGCCUGAGCUCAGUGCUGACUGUUGAAUUGAGGGUGGGGUGCCAGGUACCUUCUGGAGCUGCCAGCAGCCUGACACGGUCAAAAGAGAGAUGGCGGACGAGGCCACCCGGCGUGUGGUCUCUGAGAUCCCGGUGCUGAAGACCAACGCCGGACCUCGAGAUCGGGAGCUGUGGGUGCAGAGACUCAAGGAGGAAUAUCAGUCUCUAAUCCGGUAUGUGGAGAACAACAAGAACGCGGACAAUGAUUGGUUCCGACUGGAGUCCAACAAGGAAGGGACUCGGUGGUUUGGAAAAUGCUGGUAUAUCCAUGACCUCCUCAAAUAUGAGUUUGACAUCGAGUUUGACAUUCCCAUAACAUACCCCACUACUGCUCCAGAAAUUGCAGUCCCUGAACUAGAUGGAAAAACAGCAAAGAUGUACAGGGGUGGCAAAAUAUGCCUAACGGAUCACUUUAAGCCUUUGUGGGCCAGGAACGUGCCUAAGUUUGGACUGGCUCAUCUCAUGGCUCUGGGGCUGGGCCCAUGGCUGGCAGUGGAAAUCCCUGAUCUGAUUCAGAAGGGAGUGAUACAGCAUAAAGAGAAAUGCAACCAAUGAAGUACCGAGCCACUGAGGCAGUACAGAGGGACCUUUGAUAGGUUAUAUUCCUGUUUUCCUGUGCAUCAUUCUUUUACUCAUGUAACUGCUUCCCCCCAUACCCCUUCACCUAUAAUUGUUAUUGAGAAGCUGCAGCAGACACUGCUGAAAAAAAAGUACAGUAUUGCUACUGAAUUUCUGAAUUGGGUUACACAGGAAGAGGAAAAACUAGGGCCUUGAAAAACCAAAGGGCAACUAAUAUCCCUCUCCCAGGUGGAAAAAUUUAAGAUCCUGGAGGGAUAGGUGGUGACUGAAAGUGGGUACAUAGUAUUUUUGGUUUGGGGUGGUAAUUCAUCAAUAAAAGCUGCUUCCUUCAGUG